AUGAUAGAAACAAAAUUUAUUGAUACUGAUGCGAAAAGGUUAUAUAAUGUUAUUGAAAUAUUUGAGAAGAAAAUGAUUAGUUUAUCAUUAAUAAAUGAAGAGGUGUUAGAAAAAUUAAACGAUAAAGAAAUGAAAACUAUGCCUGAAGAGUUUCUUAUAUAUUUUAAAGAUAUAAUAAAAUUAAAUAAAUUAUAUGAACAUAUUCGAAUAGAAAGAAUAGAAGAGGAAACAGAAAAAACAAAUGAUAAUGAAAAUUUUCCUUUUUAUAUAGAACAUCAGGAAUUAGUAGAAAAAAUAAAAAAAUAUUGCUUUGUAUUAUGCAAAAUAUUAAAAGAAAAUAAUAAUCUAUUUGAAAUUUUAAAUUUAUCGAAUGAUAAAGAUAAUCAUGAUUUUUUUAAAUUUUUACACAUCAUUAAUGAUUUAAAAGAUAUUUUUUUUAUUAGGUUUCAAACAACGGCAGAAGAAAAACUAAAAAGGAUUCAUAGCCUAGAAGAAUUAAAAGAAGAAGAAAAAAAAAUACAAGAUGAAGAAAAGAAAUUAAAUGAAGAGCUAGAGAGAAUUCGAAAAGAAAGUCAAAACGAAAUAAAAGAAUUAGAAGAUAUUUUGUUAAACAAAGAAAAAGAACUAGAUUAUUUAAAAAAAAGCUCUGAAGAAAAUAUAAAAAAGUUAUUAAGUAUGAUACCUACAAAUGACUCCUCAGAUAACUUGGAAAAUAUUAAUAUUUUAUUUGAAAAAACAAAAAAUAUAUAUGAAAAUCAAAUAAAAACAUAUCAAGAUCAAGAGGUAGGUUUAGUUAAAAAGAAUAAAUUAUUAGAACUAGACAUAAAAAAUUAUAUAGACUCUAUAGAUGAAGAAAUAAAAAUUAUGGACAAUGAAAUAGAAAAAUUGAGUAAUGAAUUAAAAAAAAAUAGAAUAAUUGAAAACGAUUUGGAUACUAUAUUAAUGAGAAAGAAGAGGGAAGAUGAAGAAAAUAAGUUUUUAAAAGAAUUAACUGAAAAAAGAAAUAGAAUAAUUCAAAGAGAAGAAAAUAUAAAUAAUGAAGCAGCAAUUAUUAUUCAAUCAUAUAUAAGAGCAAUAAAACAAAGAAACUUAUUUAGCGAUUAUCAAAAAAAAAAGAGAAAAAAGAAAAAAUAA